AUACUAGUAUAGAAAAUUGUACAAUGUACAUAGUUUAUGUUUGUAACAGUUGCAAAUUGUAAUUAUUGUUAGGUGAUUAAUACUUUUUUUUUUAAUUGACAAAAAACAAAUAAAGAAAAAGCUUUCCUUUAAAUAAACAUUUGUGGAUUUCGUUUUAUUUAAAUAGUGUAAUGGUAACUAGAUCGAGGUUAUAAAUUUGUACGUGUCUGUAUUUUGUAACCAAUUUUUAACCAUGGCUACGUUAAGUACAAGAGUUAAAGAAGAAAGACGAAAAAGGGUAAAUAAAAUUAUACACAAUAAAAUUUUAGAAUUUUUUUUAUACUGUAUCAUUAUAUUUUAAAUAUCAUAUUAUGUUCUAGUAAUUGAGUUUUAAAUUUUAAAGCUAAUUAUAUCAGAUUAUAUUGUAGGUAUACAGCGUUCUAAUUUUUAAAUUAAGUUCACUUAUUUUUUACAUAUUUAGGAACAUAUAAUGCAAGUAACCUUGACACUUUAAUUUUAUAAUAUGUAAAUUCUAAAAGUAUCAUUAUUACAUAGGUAGAAUUAAUUAUAUAAUUAUGUAAUAAAUAAAUUAUAACAAUUUAAAUGAUUGUUAUUUUAGCCUUUAUGAUCCACCUAUAAAAAUAUAUUCACAAUACAUACAAUGUUCUAAUUAAAUGUAAUGAGGCUUUAGAAGUCUGUGUUUGUAAAAUAUAGUAAAAUAAAUUUACAAGUAACAUAUAUAUCAGUAUGUGUUUCUAUAAGGCUAAAUUAAAUUAGUCUAUACAAUUUAGGAGAAUUAGAUUUGUAGCAUAACUUGUAAUAAUAUUUAAAAAAAUCCAAACAAGUAAUUUAAGUUUGUACCUACUAUUUAUUAAUUUUAUUUUAGAACUUACUCCAUUUAUAUAAUUUAAUUUAAAAUACAUUAGACAAAUAUAGUAUAUAAUCAUUGGAUUAUUAAAACUAAGAAUGUAGACGGACGUAAAAUAAAAAUUAAUAACCACACUAACUAAAAUAUACUAUUAAUAUAGUUUAUUAACUAAUUAGUUUUAACUUAUUAACUUAUUAACUUAUUAACUUAUUAUUAACUUUAAUUAGUUAACUAAUUAAUAUGCUACACUCUUUGAUAAAAAAUAAUUAUUUGUAAUUGUUUAUGUAUUUAAAAUAUGAUCAUUUAGAAAUGAUCAUAAAUACUGUGCUAAUCAGUAGUGUAAAAUAAUUGAAUACAUACAUUUACUUAAAAAAACUAGCAAAAUGUACAGGAAUAUCUAAUAUUAAUUUGAAUAUUGUUGUAUUCAAAAAAAAAAAAAUAAUUUUCCAUUAAUCCUUUUUUAGUAUUUCUUUUCAUAGUUUUUUCCAUUUCUAGUCAUUUUUAAGGCAUUGUACUGUACUGCACAAUUUUUUCUUUUAGUAACGAUUCUGUGUGAAACUCAUUUGAAUAUGCUUUGAUUUCAAAAUUUUUUAAAAUUUUCAUAAAAAUUUGAACUUUAAAUGGUUAUAAAAAAAAUUAUUACGUUGUACUUCACUUUUUUAUCACGAAGUCAUAAUUAUAAUGAACCUUGUGUUCAUAUUCAAGAAUUUUUUACUGGAUCAAAAUAAUUACAUCCACAUACAACCAAUUAAUAAUUAAAAGAAAAUUAACAAUUUAAAUUUAUUAUAAAUAACUUAAAAAUCACCAAAAUGUUAUGGAAAUUGUACCACAGCUAAAAAAUGUUUAUAUUAGUAUUUAGUAAAAUGAUCAGGUCUCUAAAUUUAUUUUUAACCAAAUUUUAACACUUAGUAAAAUCAGAAUGUAAAUUAUAAGAAUUUUCUCAGAAUCUAAAAUAAAUUUAUUCCAAUUUAUUCGUAUAAGCAGUGCGGUCGAUUCACAACACACUAAUUCUUGUAUGGGGCCCAUACUUAAAAUUAUAUAAGUACCUAUACUAUUAAUAUUUUUUUUUUAAAUAAAAUCAUAAUUUGGUAAGUUUAUUUUACAUGAUGUUUAAAAUAUCUAUAUUAUGUUGUUUAUACAGUGUAACAUAAAUUAAUAAAUUAAGACUCUUAUUUGAUAUAUUGAAAUGUUAUCAACCAAUGAGCAUCAUCUGUUUUUGUAAGUGUGGGCCAUUAAACCCCCAACCCAGUCAGUGUCGUAGCCUGGGGGGGUCACUCAAUGGAGUACACAUAAUAAGUGAUAAGGGAACCAUAAAAUAACAAGUAAUAAUUACUCAAGCAUAGCAAAAACUAGAUAAUAAAAAAGACAUUAAAUGCUCCCUCCUCCUCCCCCAGAAAUAUUUUUAUGACUAUGGUACUGAACCCAGUUAUUAUAUUAUAAUUACCUUACCUAUUAUGAACUUUUAUGCAUUUAUAUUUAUAUAUAAUAUAAUCUAUAAUAAUGUCAAUGGAUAAUUUAAAUAAUUUCACUGAUGGUGUGCCCUGCCAAGAGGGGUGCGAGAGGUGCCCAUGUACAGGGUGCUAUGACCACAGGGGCGCCAUUUGAUAGUUUUUAAGUUUUUUUUUUGCUCAUCGUUAAAUUCUUCUAGUACCUGGUGACGAUUUUGGUAGGCACAGCACUACACUGAUUGGUAUUAAUCCUUUAUUAUAGUAUGUUUAGAUUAAAAUACAAAAAUAAUGGGACCACAAAUUAAAUUUGCACCGGUGUCCAAUUAGCUACUAGACUAGUAAGUAUCUAGGAAAAUAUUUCAAAACAAACAUUGGGAAUUUGUGGUGAAAUAAAUAUUUUCCUAAAUUACUUGAGCAAUAAAAUAUUUAUGUAUUUUUAUUUUCAUUGGGCAUAUUGUUAUUAUUGGCGUAUUAUUGUUUACUUUAGAGAAAUAAUAUCCAAAAAUAUCCCAUAUUGUGACUUAUCAUACUAUUGUUGUAGGUAUGUGUCUGUAUGUAUUUAUAGUACAUUAUAAAUACACUAUAAUACAUAAUAUAUUAUGAGAUAACACGUUUUUUGUAUACAUGUGUUGGUAUACUUCUACAAUUAUUUAUUUUCAUAUCCAUGUAUAUAGUAUUAUUAUGGAGUUAAAAUUUUAUUAAGUAAAGAUUAUUUAAAAUAUUUAUAGGUACAUAUUAAUUCAUUCAUAAAUUAAUGAUUAUAACUAUACAGUUUAAAUUCAAAAUUGCAUAAGAAGUUUAAUGUUUUACUUUAUAAGAAAAAUAAUAAUUUGUAAUAUAAUAUUAUUACAUUUUUAGGUGUAUGUUGGUGUUUUGCCCAAAGAUUUUUUGCGUUUAGAUGUGGUUGCACUAGAUGAAUCUGAGUCUAGAUUACAACAAGAAGCUGCCGAUCAACAAGCUGCUAUGGCACUACAACAGUCUAUGGGAUGUAUACAAGGAGAUCGUGAUAGAAAUAGAUUAAAUAUUUCAAUUGUACAAGCACGGCUUGUUAAAAAUUACGGUUUAACCAGAAUGGAUCCAUAUGUACGACUUAGGGUAGGACAUUGUGUGUAUGAAACACAGACAGACCCUAAUGGUGGUAAAACUCCCAAAUGGCAUAAAACUGUUCAAACGUAAUACAAUUUCAUAUUAAAGUAAUUCUAAAGAAAACAAUUUUAGAUUUAAUAUCUUUUUUAGACUUCCGCAAGAAGGUGUUAAUCAAAUUCACAUAGAAAUAUUUGAUGAGUGUUCUUUUAAAAUGGAUGCACUUAUUGCUUGGACAUCAAUACCAAUUCCUGCCCAAGUUUAUAAAGGAGUCACAAUUGAACAGUGGUACAAUUUAUCUGGAAAACAAGGACCUAACAAUGAAGGAACUAUUAACAUAAUUAUAAGUUAUGGAGUAAGUGUUUAAUUUUUAAUAUUUUAUUUAUGAAAAUAAUAUCUGUUUGAUUUAAAAUAUAAAGAUUCCGCCUAGUUUGGGUGUACCAAGUUCAUUCAUGAUGCUACCACAAAUGCCGAAAUACAACAAUUCAAGUGCUAAUUUAACUCCUAUUUACAUUCAACCUACAGCACCUCAAGUUCCAGCUCUUAAUGCUGAAGAUUUGAAACAAGUAAAUAUAAUAUAAGUACCUAAAUUUAAAACAUAUAUUAUUUUAUAUUAUUUUUCCUUCAUAGAUUCAAGAUAUGUUCCCAAAUAUGAAUAAAGAGACAGUGAAAGCUGUUUUUGAAGCCAAUAACGGUAACAAAGAUCUUACCGUUAAUUCGUUACUUCAAUUGGCUGACUAGAUUUUAAUUACAUUAUUAAAUUUAUUAAUAUUAUUAUAUUUGUGCCAUUCAAUAUCAACAUUUUGGCGACAUUAUCAAAAGGUACCUGGAAAUUACAAUUGCCUAUGGUCAUGAUUUAUUAAUUUGAAUAGUUAUUUUUUAAAAUUAAUAAUAAUUUAAUUUUUGCACUUAUUGGCUGUAAUACAUGAAUAAUGUUUACCAAGUACUAAAAAUAAUUUAAUUAGUCCUAAAUACAAUUCAAUCUCUGAAUUUUAAAUAAAUAAAGUAUCUCAGUAAAUAAAUAUAUUAGUUGAGGAUUUAUCCAUGAUAACAUUUAUAACCCCUAUUUUUUUGUUCUAUUCUGUUAUGGAUAUUCUAUUUUAAUAUUAAACAUUUAAAAAUUGUAUCUAUUUUAAAAUAACAUAUUUUAGUUUUUUAUCAAUAAUAAUUUUAUAUUUAGUUUUAAUAAAAACUUACACAUUCCGAAAUUAAAAAUAAUAUUUGUAUACUGGAAUUGAUAAACUAAAUUUGUGAUAAUUGUAUAGUCUUUGCUAAAUAGAAUAAAUAAAUUAUUUAUGCAGAAGUUCCAAAAUUAGCUAUGAAUAAUUUUUGAAACAAUUACCUUUAAAUAACCAUAAACUAUAUUUAUUUUUAUUUAAAUACCAGCUUUGAUUUGCACCAUUUCAAAAUAUAUAUAUAUAUAUAUAUAUAUAUGUGUGUUCAUGUGUUUCAAAAUAUUAUAAGUAGUAAAUUUAUAAACUAAAUUAUUUAUCAUAUACGAAAGGAGACCACCCAAUAAUACAACUCAAUACCUAUAACAUGUUAUAUUUAAAUAAUAUUAUUUGAACCAUUAUUUUUUUCUAAAUUCAGUCAUAUCCAUUAUCCAUGUACCUAUGUAAAUAUGUAAUUAAGAACGAACAUUAUCAUGGUUUCCACAGCUUCUAGAAACCUGAAAUAGUUUGGGAAUUUAUUUGAAAUUUUGGAAUUUCUAUUUUCAUAACAUUAAUUAUUCAUAAUUUGAAUAUUAGAUAGUAUUAUUCUUAUCAUCUAUGCCAAACAAAUAUUAUUAAUUAUUUGAUAAUUUAUAAAAAUUUCAACACUUACUAUUUAUUUACUUUAAAAUUUAAUAAAAAAAAUCAAGGAAAAUUUAAAAUGGAUUUUCGUGGCAUUGUAGAUUGACAUUAAUUAUUUAAUGUGGAGUAAGUGAUGAAAUUUUGAUGAAUGUGUGAGAAUAUAAGUAGUUAACUCUUUUUUUGUAGGAUGAAGGCAGUGCUUGAAAUGGAUUGUAGUAUUAGAUUUCCAUCCAUUCCAGUUAGUCAAUAACUAAAAUUUAAAAGUCCUAUAUAGUAAAAAUAUUGAAAGAAACUAAAGAAAAUAUUAAUUUAGUUGUAAGAUAUGUUCCCAACAGUGUCACAAUCAAGGAGAUUAAAAUUUGUAACAAUUAUGUUAACAUUAAAAUUAAAUUUCCAUAGCCACCGCCAUUCUUUUUUGUGUCAUAUAAAACGAAGUGUUUGGAUUGGAAAUGUAUCAGUACAACAAUUAAACUCGUUACCGCUGUCAUUGACGAUAACAUAAUUAAAUUAAAGACAAUGGAAAGCCUAAAAAAACAAUCAUUAUUUGUUAAUAUAACCUCUGUAUACCUCCUUAACAACAGAUCCUAUAAAAUUGGUAAAUGUAUCUAAUAAUUUUGAUUCUUAAAACUUACAUAGUCAACACUUUUUUAGUAUGUGAUUUGCUUCAUUUGGUGUAUAUGUGUAGGUAUAAUUGUGACUUGUUUUUUUUUUUUUUUUUAAAUAAUAUAUACCUAUUCUUAUGAGUUUGUUUGCAUUAUAUUGGAUCGGUCAACAAACUAAAACGGAAAAACCUAAUAAAAAUUUCAUUAGAAUGGGGUAUGUAUGAUGUACUAUAAUAUACAUCUAAAUUUGCUGGAAAAAAUCAGUAUAAGUUUUUAUUCAUCAUAGUUAAUAUUUUAAGUUAUAAUUUAAUAAAUAAUUAUGCGUGUAAAAGCAGUGUUAUAUUCGGUUUAUUGAAAAAUACUUACCCUUUUUAUAUCAAUUCUAGAACGAGCAAACAAGGAAAGUCUAAUUAUUAGUAUAUUAUAGGCAUAUCUGUGUAUGAUAUAUUAAUUUUAUAAGUAUCCCAGUUCAUACAAGUUUCCAUUUUGAGCACUGGAUGAAGGUGAAAAGAAAGAAAAUAAUUAUUAUGCGAUUAAUACAGAACUAUAAAAUAAUGGUUAAUAUCUUCACAUUAGGUACAUGGAUUAAGUAUUAAUAAGUAAUAGUGUAAACACAGUAUCCUGGUCAAAUGUAAUUAACUCUAUUUAUAUAUUAUCUGUAAAAUAUUUAAAUAAACUCCAUAUUAUACAGAAAUAGAAGUACAACACAAAUUUAGAAAAAAAGAUAAAAUAUAUUUUUCAGCCUUAUUCCACUGGUCAGAAUAAAUCCAAGAAAACUAUCAAGAUGAUAUUUGUUGAAAAAAUUAAAUUAUUACAUCUUAUGUGUAAGUCAAAAAAAUAGCAUUAUUAUUUAUUAUCUACAAAACUAAACUAAUGUUUUAUAAAUGAGAUAAAUUAUUUCUUAAAAUGUUAAAUGUAUAUUUUUUUAAAUUUUAAUAUGUUUAUUGCCAAGGUUAUUUCAAGUUCACAGUUUAUAGUAAAUAUUUUAAAAAGUGAACAUUUUUGUUCUAGUACAAAAAAUGUUUAAAAGAAAUCAAUUUGAGUUAAAUUUUUAAAAUUCCAUGUUACCAACAAAUAUAUAGCUAACAUAUUGCUCAAUUAAAUUUAUUUAUUUUUUCAAUGGAUUUUUUCUCAUGUUACACCUCAACAAUACAGUUAUGCUUAUUUACCAGUGAUGUAGUACUGAUUAAAAUAUAUUUUGUAAUAUUUUUACUGUACAACUUGAUUUAUUCUCUGAACUUCAGUAUUCUAUAUAUUAUAAAUAUGAUUACUAUCACUUAAAAAACAAUGAAUACAAAUUAUAAAUUUACUUUAUCUUUUAUUCCAUUGUACGUUAUAUUUAAUUUUUAUAGUUAAGUUAACUAAAUUUGUUAUUAGUUUAUUAUUGUAAUUUAAUGGGCUUUAAUAUGUAAUCAUACAACUAAAUAUUUAAGGUUGAACACAUAUAUAGCACCAGUUAAUAAAGUUUUAUUGAAUUAAAAUAAAAUGUUUGUUAAUUUUUUGAAAUAUUUUAUUACAAAGAUUAACUUAGUUCAGUCAACACAUACAGUAUAUAAAACAAAAUAGG